CAAUCUGCAUAUAAAUACUCGAGACACUUCUAGUCAUGAUCAUCUGUGAGACAAACAUGUCCUGAACUGAUCUCCUCUCUGAUAUCACCUGAUGAACAUCACCUGCAGAAAGAUGCUGGUACCAGUGGUUUCAUUUUUCUGUCUGCUCUCUCUGACAGUAGCGGCUACUGAAGAGGGUCUUGAUGGUAAAGUGCUUCUGUUUCCAACCAAGACUGAUUCAAGCUAUGUUAAACUCACUCCUGAAAAGCCACUGAGUCUGUCAGCAUUUACUCUCUGCAUGCGUGUCGCAACGGAGCUCCAGGGUGAGAGGGAGAUCAUUCUGUUUGCCUACCGCACGCCUGAAUAUGACGAGCUCAACGUGUGGAGAGAGAAGGAUGGUCGUGUCUCUUUCUAUAUUCAGUCUAGUACCGAUGCAGCAAUUUUCCGUCUGCCUCCUCUCUCCACCUUCCAGACCCACCUGUGCGUCACCUGGGACUCUGCGACUGGUCUCUCUGCCAUGUGGGUGAAUGGAGAGCGCAGUUUGUUCCGGCUCUAUAGAAAAGGCCAAUCUAUCCGUCCUGGCGGCACCGUCCUGCUCGGCCAAGACCCUGAUAAAUAUGUGGGUGGCUUUGACGCAGAGCAGAGCUUUGUAGGUGAAAUUUCAGAUGUGAAAAUGUGGGAUCAUGUUCUCUCUGGCAGUCAGAUUAAGGCGGUUUAUUCAAACCAGGAACCGCAUGUGCCGAAGGGAAACGUGUUUGACUGGAACACCAUCAAAUAUGAGAUUACUGGAAAUGUGAUAGUGGCUGAAAAAAUCACUGAUUCUGAUUAGUUGUAACGUCACACCUUGUCAUCCACACAGUUGUGUCAGUCUUUAUGAUCUGUUCAUCUGUUUUAAUCAGUUACAAAGCUGUAAGGGCUAUCAAAUAAAUUUUUCUCAGCAUUA